AUGUGCCAAAGUACCAGCGUAGUCUUCUCCUGCAAUCACUGGGGCCCACGCAAGAUUUCUCGACCCUGCCCAUGGGCAACCAGUGAAAAUAUGAAAGCCGGCUGCUUUCUCACCUUGGAGCCAGAAGGAGUCGAGCACCUCAAUCGCAUGUGUGACUCUUGCAGAAUCAAAGAAGAUCUCGGAAGUACAUCUACACUGACGCACGUGGGGAUAGAUGGAAUCCGACGACCGUUCACGAGAGUAGGUACAGCAGCGAGUAAGUUACAAAGAGCAUUUGAGGAGGAGACCCAAGAAACCAAAGCUGACCAAUUAAAUCAGGUAGUCGACGAUCUUGAUGAGAAGCGCAGGGAGACCGCGCAAAUCAGUCAAGAGAGGAGAAGGGGAUUAUCUCAGGCUGACAGACUGAUAGAGAGGAGACAGAAAGAACGAGUGUUGGAUCAACUCCAUAAACAGCUCAUAGAGCGGGAGAGAGAAAGACACAAAGAAAGGAAGAGGAAGCUAAAGGCACAAUAUGAAGGAUUAGACGAUUGA